AGCGCCGCUGUUCCGGCCUCGGACUACACUUCCCACAAGGCAUUGUGGGUCGUGGGUCGGUCUCCCGCGCGCAGACUUGGUCGCCUCUUCUUCGGUUCUGGGGUUUCUUUGGGUAGAUUGUUGUCACUUGGACCCAAACAAGCUCACACCUGGUGGGAUGUUUGGAGUGGGGACUUCUUUGAUACCUCGCAGCUCAGAAAUAGACUGAGCCUAGCCUCCAAGAGGACGACAUCUUGUCCAUGGCUGGGGUGGCUCUGAACUACGCUUCCCAGAGUCCAUAGCGAGCUGACGUUGCAUCUCAACUUGGUGAAUGAACUCUUUAGCGCUGGCGUCCUACGGAGACCGAAGGAUUCUUCAUUUAUCCAAAAAGAGAAAUCAGAGUAGGUCAGGCAGUUCUGAAUGAUUCACCAUGGCCCUUCAGGAAGUGGUGACAUUCAGGGAUGUGGCUGUGGAGUUUUCUGAGGAGGAAUGGAAGUGGAUGGAGCCCGCUCAGAGGGACUUGUACAGAGAUGUGACUUUGGAGAACUUCAGUCACUUGCUCUCACUAGGACUUGUCCUUUCUAAGCCUGAUGUCAUCUUCUUAUUGGAGCAAGGGAAAGAGCCAUGGCUGGUUACAAAUUAUAUGACACGACCUUGGCACCCAGACUUGGAGUCAAAGUGUGAGAUAGUUCCACAGACAGGACUUUUUGAAAUAGAGUCGUUGAAAUGGGAGGUGAUGAAAAGCUUUCAGCACCGAGACCUUAAGGACUCCCAUCUCACAGAUGACUGGGAAUGCAGAGACCAGUCUGAGAGACAGCGAGCGAGACAGGAGUGCCAUUUCAAGCAAGUGGGAGUCACCUAUGAAAGCAUGCCUGCUUUCAAGCAUUACACAUCUGUCACCCUACUACACCAGAGCAACAGGACUGUUGAGAAACGGAUUGGAUGUAGUGAAUGUGGGAAAGCAUUUAGCCGUGGCUCACACCUUAUGCAACACCGGAAAACUCACACUGGAGAAAAGCCUUUUGAGUGUAAGGAGUGUGGGAAAGCCUUUGGUCGUGCCUCACACCUUGUUCAGCAUCAGCGAAUCCAUACCGGUGAGAAGCCCUAUGAUUGUCCGGAGUGUGGGAAAGCCUUUGGUCGUACUUCCGACCUUAUUCUCCAUCAGAGACUUCACACUGGUGUCAAACCCUAUGAAUGCAAAGAAUGUGCAAGGACCUUUAGGCAGCAGUCACAGCUUAUUCUGCACCAGAGAACUCAUACAGGUGAAAAACCCUACGUAUGUAAGGACUGUGGGAAGGCUUUCAUUCGUGGUUCCCAGCUUACUGUGCACUGGAGAAUUCACACAGGAGUUAGACCCUAUCAGUGUAAAGAAUGUGGAAAGGCCUUCAGACAGCACUCACAGCUCACUGUACACCAAAGAAUCCACACUGGGGAGAAGCCCUACGAAUGUAAGGACUGUGGGAAGGGUUUUAUCCAUAGCUCAGAAGUUACUCGGCAUCAAAGAAUCCAUUCUGGGGAAAAACCUUAUGAAUGUACGGAAUGUGGGAAAGCAUUCAGACAGCAUGCACAGCUCAGGCGACAUAAGACCGUUCAUACUGGUGACAGACCCUUUGGAUGUAAGGACUGUGGAAAGGCCUUUAGUCGUAGUUCAUACCUCAUUCAACAUCAGAGGAUUCACACAGGUGACAAGCCUUAUGAAUGUAAGGAGUGUGGGAAAGCCUUCAUUCGUGUUUCCCAGCUGACUCAUCAUCAGAGGAUUCAUUCAUAUGAGAAACCCUACAUAUGCAGGGAGUGUGGAAUGGCUUUUAUUCGAAGUUCACAACUUACUGAACAUCAGAGGAUUCAUCCUGGUAUCAAACCUUAUGAAUGUAGAGAAUGUGGGCAGGCCUUUAUCCAUGGCUCACAGCUUAUUGACCACUACCGAAUUCAUACUGACUAGAGCAUUGUGGGAUAUUUGUACCUGUGGGAAGAUGUAUUGCUAUGAUUUUUGUAAUAAAAAACUGAAUGGCCAAUAGCUA